AUGCCCAAUAGCAUAGAGCUUUCGGACCUCAACAACAAACCCUUCUAUGACUUCAACAAGACUGAUGCCCAUGAACUUCCCAAAAGAGCUUAUCUCUACAUUUUCUUCGAGAUGAUGUUCUCAAUCAUUCUCUGCACUGAGUAUUCGGCAGUUGCACUGGUAUACCCACUUCUAGCCCCGAUUCUUUUGGGGUCUUCUACCGCUGCUUUGGCACAGCUGCUAAAUCAGUAUUGGAAGCACAAGUUUUCAGACAAGAAAGUCAUCAAGUUCAUUGUUUGGGGUGCUAUCAAUAGUUACUUCACCACGUUGUGGAUUGAUUUCCUAGUGCUCAAUGUACCGAAAGCGAGUUCUCGAAUCUUGCUAGAUCAGCUAGUUGGUGCUCCGUUGUUCCAGUUGACGUUCACGGUAUUGUCCAGUUUUGCAGACAGCGACAUUCCCAAUCCCAAGUUCACAUCCCGUGCAACUUACUUUAGAUCAUUGAAAUACAGCUACUGCUACUGGCCGUUUGUGAGCACGGCUAUGUUUACGUUGAUACCGCCGCGUUUUAUGUUUAUGAGCAAUUGCUUGGCUAACUUUAUUUGGAACAUAAUCUUAAGCAAGAUAGCUUGA